CCAGACGGCCCGCGACCGCGGCACUGACCACCAGCACCUGCGGGAGGGAGGCGAGGCCCCCGGCAGCUGGAAGCCCGGCGCGGCCUCGGGCGUGGGGACCGGGCGGGGACUGCCCCGCGGCGGCGAUGCGCUUCGGGCGGAGGCGUCCGGAGGGCUGCGGCCUCGGACCUGGCGUUUCCGUGGGGUGUGGACAUUUAAACAACACAAGUAUUUUGCCUGGGGCUUUGGUCAAACAAAUGCUGAGAAGACACAUAAAGAAGAGCCCUAGGAGCCAUUUCUCAACAAUUAUAUAGUAAACUGCUAUAACAAUGGUACUAAUAUUGGGACGCAGACUAAAUAGAGAGGAUCUUGGGGUGCGUGAUUCGCCAGCAACUAAGCGAAAAGUUUUUGAAAUGGACCCCAAAUCUCUGACAGGUCAUGAGUAUUUUGACUUCUCUUCAGGAUCAUCCCAUGCUGAGAACAUACUCCAGAUAUUUAAUGAGUUCCGAGACAGCCGCCUGUUCACAGAUGUUAUCAUCUGUGUGGAAGGAAAAGAGUUCCCGUGCCAUCGAGCUGUUCUCUCAGCCUGUAGCAGCUACUUCAGAGCCAUGUUCUGUAACGACCACAGGGAGAGCAGAGAAAUGCUGGUUGAGAUCAAUGGCAUUUUAGCUGAAGCUAUGGAGUGCUUUUUGCAGUAUGUGUACACUGGGAAGGUGAAGAUCACAACAGAGAAUGUCCAGUAUCUCUUUGAAACCUCCAGCCUCUUUCAGAUCAGUGUUCUCCGGGACGCGUGUGCCAAAUUCUUAGAGGAGCAGCUUGAUCCUUGCAAUUGCUUAGGAAUCCAGCGUUUUGCAGACACCCACUCACUCAAGACUCUCUUCACAAAAUGCAAGACCUUUGCAUUACAGACUUUUGAGGAUGUGUCCCAGCACGAAGAAUUUCUUGAGCUUGACAAAGAUGAACUUAUUGAUUAUAUCUGCAGUGAUGAGCUUGUGAUUGGCAAAGAAGAGAUGGUUUUCGAGGCCGUCAUGCGCUGGGUCUACCGAGCCGUUGAUCUGCGAAGACCACUGUUACAUGAGCUGUUGACGCAUGUCAGGCUCCCUCUCUUACAUCCUAACUACUUUGUUCAGACAGUUGAGGUGGACCAGUUGAUCCAGAAUUCCCCUGAGUGUUAUCAGUUGCUUCAUGAAGCAAGACGGUACCACAUUCUCGGCAAUGAAAUGAUGUCCCCAAGGACUAGGCCACGCAGGUCUACUGGCUAUUCAGAGGUGAUAGUUGUGGUUGGAGGCUGUGAACGAGCUGGAGGAUUUAAUCUUCCAUACACUGAGUGCUAUGAUCCAGUAACAGGAGAGUGGAAGUCCUUGGCCAAGCUUCCAGAAUUUACCAAAUCAGAGUAUGCUGUCUGUGCACUAAGGAAUGAUAUUCUUGUUUCAGGUGGAAGAAUCAACAGCCGCGAUGUCUGGAUUUAUAACUCACAGUUAAAUAUCUGGAUCAGAGUUGCUUCCCUAAAUAAAGGCAGGUGGCGUCACAAGAUGGCUGUCCUUCUUGGUAAAGUGUAUGUUGUUGGAGGCUAUGAUGGGCAAAACAGACUUAGCAGUGUAGAGUGUUACGAUUCCUUUUCAAAUCGUUGGACAGAAGUUGCUCCACUUAAGGAAGCAGUAAGCUCUCCUGCAGUGACGAGCUGUAUAGGAAAACUGUUUGUGAUUGGUGGAGGACCAGAUGAUAACACUUGUUCUGAUAAGGUUCAAUCUUAUGAUCCAGAAACCAAUUCUUGGCUACUUCGUGCAGCUAUCCCAAUCGCCAAGAGGUGCAUAACAGCUGUCUCUUUAAACAACCUGAUCUACGUUGCUGGUGGACUGACCAAGGCGGUGUAUUGUUAUGAUCCGGUUGAAGACUACUGGAUGCACGUGCAAAACACGUUCAGCCGACAGGAAAACUGUGGAAUGUCUGUGUGUAAUGGUAAAAUCUAUAUCCUGGGUGGAAGACGGGAAAAUGGAGAAGCCACAGACACUAUUCUCUGUUACGAUCCUGCGACAAGUAUCAUUACAGGGGUAGCUGCAAUGCCCAGACCAGUAUCCUAUCAUGGCUGUGUAACUAUUCAUAGAUACAAUGAGAAAUGCUUUAAGCUCUAAAACCCAGAAUACCUCACACAAGAAGCCGCGCCAAUCCAAGAGGAAAAUUUAAAAAAACUACCAAGUGAGAAUGACUCUCCUUUGUGCCCUAUGCAAAAAGAAAAAAGAAAAAGAAAUAAUCCUGAUGCCUUUCUGCCUAAAACAUCAAUAUUUCAAGCUGCAAUAAAUCCUUUCCUGUAAUUUGGGUUUUUAAAUAAUGGUGGUUAAAGCCAGGCCAGUACACAUCUUUAAUCCCAGCACCCAGAAGACAAAGGCAGGUGGAUUUCCGAGUUUGAACCCAGCCUGGUCUACAUAACAAGUUCUAGGCCAGCAAGAGCUGCAGAAGAAGACCUUGUCUUAAAAAAAAAAAAAAAAAGUAAUUUGGCCUAUGAGUAUACUUUUGCAUCUUUGAAAAACUAUGUGGGGUAGGAAAUAAUACCCAGCUGUAAACUUCUUAGGGAUUUGUGAACCGUCUUAGGAUGUUUAUUUCUUUUUUUGUCAAUUUUGUAGAGAAAAUUGCGUGACUGAAUCUUCAUUUAGGUUGACUUGCCUGAUGUUGAAAAUGUUUAGAAUUCAGUGUGAGAGGAAGAAAUUAGUUUUAAAUAUCGCUGUCACUGACUUUAUCCAUACUGGUUAAUUUCACUGAAACUUUUUGGGUUUUGUUUUCUUAAUUGUAAAAAUGUAGUGGCAAAUCAGCUGCCAUAAAAUACCAAAUUUUAUGACUUUAUAGACUGUUCUCUGAUAUUAAAUACUUUUUUGUGGGCUUAUGUAGGAUAUAAAAGUAAGGAGAUUUAAAUUACACAUUAAUUCCUAAGGAAAAAUUAAAAUAACUAUCAAAGAAAAAAAAAUGUGAUCCACUUUGGUUCUCAGGGUAUUUAAUGAUCUUCUGUGAGUCCACUAACAAAGUUCUUCCCUUCAAACUAACAGAGGAGCUGAAAUCCCUUUUAUAAAGCCAUGCAGGUAAUACACACCUGUAUUUGGGAUUUGUAUCCCAGCCAUGGUAGUAAUACACCUCUAUCCGAAAUCUGGAAGGUACAUCAAAAGAAACCAAAUUAAGGCUGAAGAUUUGGCUCAGUGUUUAAGAACACUUACUAUUUCAGGGAACCAGGUUUGGCUCCCACCCAUAUCCGGUGGCUCAGAAAGACCUGUAAUUCUAGUUACAGGGAAUCUAGCACCCAGUGACACCUACAGGCACGUGGUACACAUAAAUUCACACAGGCACACAUAAAUAAAUAAAUCUUAAGUAAAAAAAAAAAAUGUGUUUUGUAAUACUGCUGUAAGGAAAAUAAGAGCAGUUUUGCUCUCUACCCCAGCAGAGUUUGACAUUACUGGUGCAAUGCUUUGCUGAGUACCCUGCCUCCUUGUAAAUAGCUUACCAGUCUAGGAAUGACUACUGAUUCCUUAGAAGCCUACAGCAGAGCCCACUCUUCUCAGUGGGGCCGCUUGUUCAUAAGUUAGCUGAGCCACUCUGGCCAGCAACAGUUCCCAGUCGUCUGAGAGAAAUCUCUUAUUUGGGAGCCUUUGUAUAAAAUAUUGAUCAACAUUUUCAAUUUUCUAUCAAUUUUUUUUCUAGUUUUUCACCUCCAUCUUAUAAAACUGACCAGUUUUCCAACGGAAAUAUGAAAGUUUUUCUUAGAAAUCUAAGUGGAUACAGCAGGAACCAGUACGAUUAGUUAUUAUAACUUCCGUGUGGACGGAUAAGGAUUUACAAGGCCGUAGGCCGUAGGAGGUAGUUUGCUGUGUUUAACUUCCCAGUCACCAUUGUCUCCCAUGCUAUAACAUACUCCUUGUUGGUGAUAAUAAUAUCAUUAGAGUUCUGUUCAAAUCAAAAGCCUACCAUUGGCAAACGCUUUCUUCCUCAUCUUAGGAAAAUCGCAACAUUUUGUAUGAGGCAUUCUUAAUUGGAAUUUAAAUUUUGAGAAAAUGUUAAAAAGUUCACUUAUGAAAUUGUUUUCAAGUCAUAAAUUUCAAAUGAUGGGCUAACUGUAGAAGCACUUCAGAAAACAGUUAUCUGUCAUUUGAGGCGCAGUUACAUGUGCAACUGAGGGUAUUUGUACUAUAAUUUUAUCUGCAUUGUACUUUGGAUAAUGGGAACUAUUUAGUUCAGAAAUUCAUAAUAGUAAAGUGUGUGAACAAAAGUGUUUUGUAAAUGCUUAGGAAUCUACAAAUGAUAAUUGUUAUUCUAGUGUAUAAUUGUAAGACCAUGUCUAUUCAUAAAUAUGUCAUAUAAAAGACUUACUCAAAGUAAAUUUGUAUUUUAGUA